AUGGUCGUCAACAGAGAUGCCUCCGGGCUUCAUAUGAAGCUUGAUCAACGCUGGCUCUAUCUCAGCGAGGAGUUCUUGAAGAAGCAUCCAGGAGGUGCAGUCAUCGAACAGUACAGAAAUGCAGACGCCACUCACAUCUUUCAUGCAUUCCAUGAAGGAUCUUCCCAAGCAUACAAACAGUUGGAUCUUCUUAAGAAACACUCGGAAACAAAUGAGGAAUUGGACAAGCUGAUUGAAUCAAGAGUGGAUAAAACGGACAUCAAUGUAUCCACGUACGACAUCUCCAUCGAACAGGAGAAGAAAAUGGUCGAGUCUUUCGAGAAACUCCGUCAACGUCUUCACGACGAUGGAUUGAUGGAAGCCAAUGAAUCGUACUUCGUCUUCAAGUCAGUCACCACUCUCUCGAUUAUGUUCUUCGCCUUCUACUUACAAUAUCUUGGAUUCUACAUCACUUCUGCCUGCGUCUUGGCUCUGGCUUGGCAACAAUUCGGAUGGCUCACUCAUGAAUUCUGCCACCAACAACCAACAAAGAACCGUCCACUCAACGAUACCAUCUCUCUUUUCUUCGGAAACUUCCUCCAAGGAUUCUCCAGAGAUUGGUGGAAGGACAAACACAACACUCACCACGCCGCCACGAACAUUAUAGAUCAUGAUGGUGAUAUUGAUCUGGCUCCACUCUUCGCAUUCAUCCCAUCUGAUCUUUGCAAAUACAAAGCCAGCGUCGAGAAAGCUAUCCUCAAGAUCGUCCCCUACCAACAUCUCUACUUCACCGCCAUGCUCCCAAUGCUUCGAUUCUCUUGGACAUCUCAAUCAGUUCAAUGGGUAUUCCGGGAAAAUCAGAUGGAGUACAAAGUAUAUCAACGAAAUGCAUUCUGGGAACAAGCCACAAUUGUUGGACACUGGGCGUGGGUAUUCUACCAGUUGUUCCUUCUUCCAAGUUGGCCGAUUCGUGUUGCCUACUUUUUGAUUUCUCAAUUGGGAGGUGGUCUUCUGAUUGCUCAUGUUGUCACUUUCAACCAUAAUUCAGUCGACAAAUAUCCAGCGAACUCUCGUAUCAUGAACAACUUCGCUGCUCUCCAAAUUCUUACAACUCGAAACAUGACUCCAUCUCCAUUCAUCGACUGGCUUUGGGGCGGACUCAACUACCAGAUCGAGCAUCAUUUGUUCCCAACGAUGCCACGUUGCAAUCUGAAUACAUGCAUGAAAUAUGUGAAGGAAUGGUGUCGAGAAAACAAUCUUCCAUAUCUUGUUGAUGACUACUUUGUUGGAUAUGCCAUGAAUCUGAAACAAUUGCAGAAUAUGGCAGAGCAUGUUCAAGCAAAAGCUGCCUAA